AUGGACACAGCCCCAGCCGGUGGCCAGAGCGAGCUGCGGGCUCUCAGCCGGCUGCCCACCGAACACCAGAGCUCCCGCCUCCCUGCGGUACCCGGUUCCCGCCGCCGUGCGCCCCGCGCCGGCACCUGCCGUGGCCAUCACAGGGUGAACAAGAGCGUCCCACGGGAGCCCAUCCUCCUCGGUUUCUCGGAUCGACCAUGGCUGGAGCCCCCACUCUUUGCGGUCUUCCUGGUUUCCUACAUCGUGACUAUCUUUGGCAAUCUGGCAAUAAUUCUUGUGUCUCAGCUGGACCCCAAACUCCACCCCCCCACGUACUUCUUUCUUCCCAAUCUGUCCCUGCGGGACCUUUGCUACACCACAGGCACGGUCCCGCAGAUGCUGGUAAACACCUGCAGCGGCAGGAAGGCGAUCAGUUACGGCGGCUGUGUGGCCCAGCUCUUCAUGUUCCUGGCCUUGGGCUCCACCGAAUGUCUUCUCUUGGCCGUCAUGUCCUUUCAUAGGUUCGUAGCUAUCUGCCCACCUCUCCGCUACUCAGUUAUCAUGCACCGAAGGCUGUGCCUCCAGCUGGCAGCCGCGUCCUGGCUUAGUGGCUUCGGCAACUCCGGGCUACAGUCCACCUGGACCCUCCAGCUGCCGCUGUGUGGCCGCCGGGAAGUAGAUCGCUUCUUCUGCGAAGUCCCUGCUCUGCCCAAGUUGUCCUGCGUAGACACGACAGCAAACGAGGCUGAACUGUUCUUUAUCAGUGUGCUAGUUCUCUUACUACCCGUGACGCUCAUCCUUAUCUCGUGUGCUCUCAUUGCCCAAGCAGUGUUGAGAAUCCGGUCAGCCGAGGGCCGGCGAAAGGCGUUUGGCACCUGUGGCUCCCAUCUGAUCGUGGUGUCGCUGUUCUACGGCACUGCUAUCUCCAUGUACCUGCAGCCACCAUCCCCUGCCUCCAAGGACGGGGGAAAGAUGGUGUCCCUCUUCUAUGGGGUCAUUACACCCAUGCUGAACCCCCUGAUAUACACACUUAGGAAUAAAGAGGUAAAGGACGCCUUUAAAAGAUUAGUUGCAAGAGUCUUCUUAGCCAAGAAAUAAGGGAUAUGCAAAUGGUCGGCUUUGUAAGCAC